AUGUCGACGCCGCUGCCGCGGAACCUGGUGCUUGAUCGUAACAUAGGUUGGCAUCAGGAGGUCUUCGUUACGCCGGAGAAGAAUGAGGUGAAUCCGUUCCUCGAUCAGAAGUCCAUUGCACCUGAUUACGAUUGGGAGAAAUUGAUGCCGCCAUCGGAGCAAGGUUUGGAGUUUAAGCCACAAUAUUUCCUUAUUGUGGUGUACCCCCUGCGAGACUAUGUGUUGGCAAAUCAUUGGCAUGAGAUUCAAUGUGCUGCGGAAGAUAAUGGCUUUGGAAUCGCGCUCAAAGUGGGUCAGAAUGUAGAUUUGUUUUACAUUACAAUGGCAACACUGCCUAGCAGUGCAAAGGAUCCAUGGGCUUUUCCCAAGGCUAUUAGGUUCUGUGAACUUUUGGCAACCACCAAUGUUCCACCAUCUGUGGCAAUACAAAUACUGAAUGGUGAUCUGGGACACAAAUACCUGCCGAUUGGGCGUCAACAAGGAGGGCUUUGCUUGAAGCAUGACAUCCCGCAGGCUACAUUUCUGGAACGGUAUGGGCGGUUCUUUUACUUCAUCAAGGAUCGUUUGGUUUCUUAUGGUGUCUCACUUUAUCUCACGGGGAAUACAAUUACUGUUGUGGGCAAACCACAGCUAGAGCUGGAAAUGGAGAAGGUGAUCGCCUAUGCAAAACUCUGUAUUAUUGACAAUGAGGUUAAUCUCAAGAAGAAACUGAACAAGAAGAAAGGGAACAAGAAGAAGGAAGGGAGCAAGAAUGAGGAGGCUUUGCCUCUAUCAUCUGCAACUCAAGACGAAAGGGAGCAAGAAGAAAAGGGCAAGAAAGUGGAUCUAGGGUUGGAAACAGAAACGACUACGCUGAAGCCGUCAAUGGAGGUGGAUCUAGGGUUGGAAACAGAAACGACUUUGCCGAAGCGGUCAAGCUAUGUGUUUAAAAGAGCAACGACGAUGCCCAAGGUGUUAAGGGAUCAGCAUUGCGUGGUGAUUGAUGAUUUUGUCGGUUGGGAAGUGAAGAUUAUCCCUCGGAAGAACAACAAACCCGAUCCGGUGGUGGAUCUAGGGCUUGAAUCAGAAACAGCGAUGUCGAAGCCGUUCGUGGUGGAUAUAGGGUUUGAUACAAAAACAACGACGAUGCCCAAGGCGUCAAGGGAGCGGCCUCGUGUGGGGAUUGACGAGUAUGUCGGUUGGGGAUUGGAGGUUCUUCGUCCGAUUAGCAACGAACUCAGUUCGCGGCCGGAGACAGAUGUCGUCCAGCAGGAGGACAUUUCACCUGAUUACAAAUGGUCGAAAUUGAUGCCGCCAACGAAGCUCGUGAGGGGAAAACUGGUUGUUGAACCAGGAUGGGAGUUCAAGCCACAAUUUUUUCGUGUUUGGGUGUACCCAUUGCGAGAAUAUUUGUUGACAACUGAAUGGUCGGACAUCAAAGUUGCUGCAGCAGAUAACGGCUUUGGAAUCCUGAUGAGGAAGGGUUUGAGAAGGUGGUCCAUUUUUGCGGCAGUAGGACCAGAGGAUCCAAAGGAUCCAUGGGCUUUUCCCAAGGCUAUUAGGUUCUGUGAACUUUUGGCAACCACCAAUGUUCCACCAUCUGUGGCAAUAGAUAUACUGUAUGGUCAGCUGGGACAUAAAUACUUGCCGAUUGGGUGUCAACCAGGAGGGCUCUGCUUGAAGCAUGGGAUCCCGCAGGAUACAUUUCUCAAACGCUAUUAUCGUUUCAUUUCCCAAACUAAGGAUAUUGUGGAUACUUUACCUGGAGUCUCGCUUUAUCUUACGGGGAAUACAAUUUCUGUUGUGGGCAAGCCUGAGCUAGAUCUGCUACUGGAGAUGGUGGUCAUCUUUGCGGAAAGCUAUAUUGUACACGAUGAGGUACCUGCAAAUCUUCCUGAGAGCGUGAAAGCGAAGCUUGAUUUUGUGAAUAAGCAAAUGGAGGCUUUUUCUAAAGAAGGACCUCUCAAGAAGAAACGGAGCAAGAAAAAACUGAGCAAUGAUGAAGAACCUCUCGAGAAGAAACAGAGAAAUGAGGAGGCGUUGUCUCAAGAAGAACCUCUCAAGAAGAAACUGAGCAAUGAGAAGAGGCUUUGUCUCAAGAAGAACCUCUCAAGAAGAAAGUGA